GAGGAGGAAGGAAACAUGCUGCUUUCUGAGAACACAACUGUUUAAUGACAGGGGGUGGAAAUAUCAGCUGAAUAUAAACCCUGCAGAUCAGAUCGGUCAUUCACAGACUUCUACACCUCCAUCCAGACAACAGAACAUCAGUCCAGAAACCAUGAAGAUCCUUCUGACUCUCUGCCUCCUGACUUUCCUCUACUUACUGCGGUCCAGCUCUGCAGGUCCAGUGGCUCUAGAGGUGGGUGGGUCCAACGGUCCCUGCUGUUUACAUUACAGUAAUAUGACGAUUCCAAGAGGGAAGGUGAAGGACCUGGAGAUGUCUCCAAACCACUGCAAAAUCAGAUCCGUCAUAGUCACCACUGUGAGUGAAAAACAGAUCUGCCUUAAUCCAACCAGGAGCUGGACGAAGAAAUUACAGAAAGAGUUUGGGAAAAGAAAACUCCACUGAAGCUUGAAUCCAGGCCAGAACCAUAUUUGUUAAGAGUAUAAAUAAUAAUUUAAAAAGAAACCAUGUUUUCAUUUAUAUCUUUGAUAUUUUGCUUUUAUUUUUUUAUUAGUUCCCCUUUUUAAUAUGUACUUGUGCCUAAGAUCCUUGAAUUUAUUAUAUUGUUUGUUUUAUUGACUAAAAGCCUUUGUGAUUUUCUCUGAAUUAGAAGUGAUAUUCAAAAUACCAUCUGUCAUAAUUAUCAGUGAUGACAAACUGGACGGGUCACUAAUCGGCUCAUUAACAAUCUGAUUUCAUGAUUUUAUGGAAACUUUGGAUUCUUCUUCAUCCUUGCUUUAGUUUUGUUUGCAGUCAAACAUGUUUCUGUAAAAUUUCUCUCAGAUAAUAAGUGGUGCUCAUGUUUAGCUCUUUUUUUAAGCUGUUUACUCAACAAAGUUACUCAUUUCCAAAUGAAAGCUUUAUUUUUGUAUUUAUUGUCCUGUGUAUUUUAUUACAGACUAAUUUUAAAAUUUUCUUUUAACAAAAUAAAAAAUUUUGUAU